AUGUCGUCCUUUGCACAACGCAUCAGCAGCUUUACCACGACGUCCCCCAAGGCGAAGAUCCUCGCACAGCACGACGACGACGUGGUCAUCGUCGCCGCCGUCCGCUCAGCCAUCACGAAGGCAAAGAAGGGCGGCUUCAAGGACACCCGUCCAGAGGAGAUCCUCUCAGGCAUCUUCCGCGCCGCGUACUCUAAGGCUGGCCUCGACCCGAGGCUCAUCGAGGACAUUGCCGUAGGCAACGUCCUUCCCCCCGCCGGCGGUGCGAGCGCUGCGCGCAUGGCCGCCCUCCACGCUGGUAUCCCAAACACUGUACCCAUCAACACUGUCAACCGCCAGUGCUCCUCGGGUCUUACCGCCAUUAACCACAUCGCCGCGGAGAUCAUCUCUGGCCAGAUUGAUAUUGGCAUCGGUGCGGGCGUCGAGUCGAUGACGUUCGGGUUCGGCGCGCGCGCCCAGGCCGACGGGUUCUCAGAAGCGGUGCUCUCGACUCAAGAAGCGGAGGACUGCCUGAUCCCGAUGGGGAUCACGUCCGAGAAUGUAGCAGCGGACUAUGGGAUCACGCGCGAGGUGCAGGACGCGUUUGCCGCCUCCUCCUUCCAGAAAGCCGCCGCAGCACAGUCGGCGGGCAAGUUCGCCGCGGAGAUCGUGCCGCUGGAGGUGACCUGGGUGGACCCUAAGACGGAGCGCGAGACGCGGGUGGUAGUGGACCGCGACGACGGGGUGCGCGAGGGCGUCACGGCGGCGUCGCUUGGGAAGCUAAAACCCGCGUUCAAGGCGGACGGGAGCACGCACGCCGGAAAUGCGUCGCAGGUGUCGGACGGUGCCGCGGCGGUGGUGCUCGCGCGCCGGUCGACCGCGGCGCGCCUCGGCUUGCCGGUCGUGGGCAAGUUCGUAGCGGCGGCGGUGGUGGGGGUGCCACCGCGAAUCAUGGGCGUGGGUCCUGCAUACGCGAUCCCGCGCGUACUGGAGAAGACGGGGCUCGGGCUGGCAGACGUAGACUUUUUUGAGAUCAACGAGGCGUUUGCGAGCCAGGCGGUGUAUUGCGUACAGAAGCUCGGGAUUCCGGUGGAGAAGGUGAACGUGAAUGGUGGAGCGAUCGCCAUUGGGCACCCGCUUGGAUGCACGGGGGCACGCCAGGUCGCGACGGGCUUGAAUAUCUCGAAGCAGACGGGGGCGAAGGUGUUUUGCACGAGUAUGUGCAUCGGCUCUGGGAUGGGCAUGGCUGCCAUAUUCGUGAGCGAGCAGUGA